AUGUCCGAAAAGCCCAGGUACAAGUACAUCUUGUACAGUUACUUCCGCAGCUCCUGCUCUGCUCGCAUUCGGAUCGCUGCCAAUCUAAAGAACAUCCCGCUCGAGUACAAAUACAUCCACCUGGUCAAGGGUGAACAGCAUGGCCAAGACUAUGUGGCGUUGAACCCCAGCGAGUCCGUGCCUACCUUGAUCGUAAUUGACCUGGAAACAGGCAACGAGGUCACCAGAAUCAGGCAGUCGAUUGCCAUUUUGGAGUUCUUCGAAGAAGUCGAAAAAGGAAACGGGAUGAAGCUGCUCUCCAGCUCAGAUGAUCCGUUGGGGAGAGCCCGGGUCAGGGAGCUGGUGAACAUCGUAGCUUGCGAUAUUCAACCUGUCACGAAUUUGCGUGUGUUGAAUUUCAUCAAGCCCUUCAAUGUCGAGGCCAUACAGUGGCAGCAGCAUUUUAUGACCCUAGGGUUCCGGGCAUAUGAAGAACUAGUCAAGACCUAUGGGGGCAGGUAUAGUGUCGGUGAUGCGGUGACUAUGGCAGACUGCUCCCUUGCUCCGGCGGUCGAUGGGGCACUGAGGUUUGGCGUGGAUGUUCAGGGCCAGUUCCCACAUGUGUGGAGCAUCUGGGAGGAGAUCAAGCAGUUGGACGCGUUCAAGAAUGGGAGAUGGGAUAAUCAGGAGGAUACUCCAGAGGAGCUGAAGGCGAAAGCGUAG